UCAAGAUGAGACCUAUAGAAACAAGCAAGAGUUAUUCAAAAUGUAGAGACAUCUGACAAGCUGCAUGAAAACUAAAGAAUCGGAGGAAAUAAGCUAAACAUAGUGACUACAUAGUUACACGAAAUGUGUACAAUCAAUAACUUUUUCAAAUCCUGACAUGUUUGAUUAUGUUAUCUAAACUGCUAGUGUAUGUCAACAAUCCAGCGGUUCCAGGGACAUGACGUGCUGCAACAGCCCCACAUCUCCAUUCUACUCAUUGGUUAAUUCAGGCAUUAUAACCUACCAUUGCAAGACGAACGAGGUAGGAUUGUACAAAGACUGUUACUGAACAAGCUCAUGGUUUCCUGGUCUAUGGAUUUAUCCUCGGUUUGAGCACGCUUGCAUGCGCAGAUUUGAGCACGAUUGCUAGGCAGAUUAAACUGGUUUACGUAAGAACCGGACUUCCUUACAUAAAAACGCCUUUCGCUAGUAAGGGACGAAGAAUCAAACCAACAGUCGGCAGACUUAUAUGGUGAUUUUAGAUCUGCGAUUGGAAAUCAGAAGACAAGGCUUGUGAAACAUAAUUUGCAUGUUAAGAGAACCUGAGAGGAAUGUGAUGUGUUGGGCAUGAGCUAAGGUUUCAGUGCCCCAAGCAAUGUGUUUUUAAUGUGUGUUGCAUAUGUGAAACAAGAUUUAUCGUGGGAAAAAAUGAGAGACUAUGACGAUAUCAUAUUAUUCCUUGGAGAGUUCGGUCGUUUCCAAAUAGCAGUAUUUGUCUUGUUGAGCUUGAGCGCUCUUCCUAACGGUUAUGUGGGAAUGUCCAUGGUCUUUCUCGCCGAUAUACCAGACCACCGCUGCAAACUACCACUCACCAACUCAAGUGAGAAUGGAGACCAACACGUUAGGUUAGCAACUGAGGAGUAUAGUCGACGAGUAGGUCCUGACAUGUGUUCUCGUUACAAGAAGACCAACAACACGGCAGCAAGCGCAUCUGAAUUUGGGAACGAGACAGAAGGUUGUCUCGAAGGAUGGAAUUUCAGCACUGAGAAAUACACGUCAACUAUAGUGUCCGAGUGGGUGUUGGUGUGUGAUAAUGCAUGGAAGGUUCCCUUCUCGACCUCCAUAUUCUUCCUAGGAGUUCUGAUUGGAUCUUUCAUUAGUGGCCAUCUCUCUGACAGGUUUGGGCGGAAGCCUGUGUUUUUCAGUACGAUGGCUUUUCAGACAAUCAUCACACUAAUCCAGUCUACCUCGAUCAACUGGCCCAUGUUCUGUGUGCUCAACUGUUUGAGGGGCGUGGGCCAGAUAUCCAAUUACAUUUCUUCACUAGUGUUAGGGUCGGAGAUCCUGGGGAAGUCAACUCGUGGGAGCUACACUCUCCUAGGUCACAGUGUUGCCUUUGGCGUUGGCUAUGCCUGCCUCCCUCUGUUUGCCUACUUCAUACGUGGCUGGAGGAUGCUGCUGGUCGCCUCCGCCAUACCCUGUGUUUUCUUUAUCCCUCUGUGGUGGGUAAUCCCGGAAUCUCCUCGAUGGCUGCUCUCACAGGGCCGGGUGGAGGAGGCGGAGCUUGUCAUCAAGAAUGCUGCUAAGAUGAACAGAGUCCCCGCCCCCGAGGUUAUCUUCAGGGCAGAUGAGUGUACAGAGCUUACGCCAAGGAGCAGAGGUGAAGUGCAACAAGUGUGUUCUUUCCUUGACCUUUUCCAGACCGCUGACAUGAGAAACAUCACCAUCGUCAGCCUCAUCCUCUGGACAGCGACCUGCAUGAUCUUCUACGGUCUCUCCCUCAACACUGCCAACAUGAGUGGAGACUCUUAUCUCAACUGCUUUAUCUCUGCAACAACCGAGAUUGUGGCAUACGUUGGUACCUGGCUUCUGAUUAAUCAUGCCCAGCGGCCCACAAUUCUCUUCUCCUCGCUGCUGUUCUGUGGCAUCAUGCUCCUGGUCAUCAGGCUGGUCCCUGACGAUCAAAUUGUCCUAUCCCAAGUGCUGGCGUUGCUGGGCAAGUUGGGUGUGUCGGGGGCCUAUUCUUUCCUCUACCUCUUCUCCACUGAGCUCUUCCCCACUGUGGUCAGGAACAUGGGUCUGGGCGUGGCCUCCAUGGCAGCACGUGUAGGAAGCAUCCUCUCCCCCUACGUCCUCUAUAUUGGUGUUUACAACAAGAUUCUGCCAUACAUUAUCUUUGGGAUAAUCAGCCUCUUCUCUGCUGGCCUGAGUCUUUUGCUUCCAGACACCAGGGGUUGUAAACUCCCUGAAAACAUCAGUCAAGUCAAGCCUAUCAGAAGGCUCUGCUCAUCAAAAGAGUUGAGUACGGAACAAUGUGACCAUGACCUAGAAGAAUUCCCAAAACUGGAGAAUAGAUCAAACUGCACAAGGUUACCUAACACAUAAAGAAACAAAAACAUUAUUUUAACACAGUAUUUUUUAGACACUGCUCAACUUCUGAUAGAAUGAAGCAAUAUGGCAUGAGGGGUUGUGGGUAAAUGGUCAAUAUACCACUUCUUGUGCAAAAUGCAACAGAUGACUGCCUGAACACAGCCCUCAGUUGUGGUAAAUAACAAACUCACUAAAUGAUCUAUUGCUGUUAUAAAGUAGUUCACAGCAACACAAUGAGAACUGUUUUCAUGUCAUAGAUGCAGUAACAUGAUGCCACACAUUUCAGGACAAUCUCAAAUGCCUGACAGAUGGCCGAUUAUGGAUCCAAUAUACAUGUGAUCUGUCUUCGCGGCUAGUUAACCAGUUAUAAUUAAACAUUAAGGCCACAAUGGGGUUUGGUAAAUGGCCAAUGUACCAUGGCUAAGAGCUGUUCUUAGGCACGAUGCAUCACAAAGUGCCUGGACACCGCACUUGAUCUGAUACCGAUGGUAUACGGGUUGUGUAAUAUUCUUGAUAGUGAUGAUAAACUGUUUUGCUUCCUGCUUUCUGAUGUACAAAAUGUCAAGUAUAUUACAGAUACUGUUGUUGUAAACUGCAUUGAUUUUAUUCAGUUCUAUAUGCUUACCAUGUUUCCAUAAUAAAUAUUUUCUU